CGACUCCCUCGCACAAUGUCUCGCCGUCUAUUCAGCCGCGGCGGCCGUACGGCUACUGCAACGACCAGCACUUCAACAACCACCAUCACAGCCCUGCCUGACUACGAGCCGCUUUCUUUCCCUCUUUCCGACACGGCCCGACGAGAGCUGAUUGAGCUCUCAAACCAUCGCGGCGCUGCACCGUAUGAGGCGCAGCUAAAGGACUCGAUUCGCCAUCUUGGCCUCAGCGUGAGCGAUCUCAACGAACGUCUGCGCAGAGGCCAGGACCGACUGGCCAUUGUCUCUGAGCGCCGGAAAGAAAAGGACACGGACAAGACGGCCGAAGAGGAGCGCCUCGAACAGCAGAUGCCCGAAUUCGAAACCGACGUCGAAAAGUUGACGCGCGAGUCAGAGCGUGCGCUGAGAGAGACGAUUGAUCGAAAAGCCGAGCUAGAGGACGAGGCUUCUGUCUUGGAGGACCUCAGUACCACUGCGACAACGAAUUCAAUAGCUCAAACAAGAAGUGCGGCCGCGACACAGAGCCGGCGGAGACGUGCCAAUGGCGUUGAUAGCGACGAAGAAGACGCCGCCGCCAAUGAGACCAAUGAAGACGACCGACAGGAACCCGUGAACAGCAUCGUCGACACCUUUCGCGAUCUCCGCGCCAAGAAGAGGGCAGAAUACACGGGCCUCAGCGUCCACCAGCGCUACGGCCUCAACAAUGACUAUGUCGGCUUCAAGAAGCUGUGGCACGAAGCUGCGGCGGGCGAAGACGGCCCUCCUCUGCCAGAUGCCUCACGGUGGUUCGACUCCAAUGGCGAGCCCGAGAUGACAAUCCCCAGUCGUGAUGCGCAAAAUGGCUCCUUUGACGAUGACGAGGAGGUGGCUGUCUCGCGAGAGAAUAUCAGCGUCAAUUGUCCCCUGACUCUCCUCCCCAUGAAUGAACCCUAUAGAAGUCGCAAGUGCCCACACGUAUUUGAGAAAGCCGCCAUCCUGGAUUACUUGCCUUUCCGGGGCGAGCUUCAAUGUCCCCAAACAGGCUGUUCACAGAAAUUCUCUCGAAUUCGUUUUGAAGAAGAAUUCUUCCUAGACGAAGCUAUGAAGAGGAGAAUACAGCGCUGGAGGCAAGCUGAGCAGAAUCGCCAGGACAUGGACGACGAGGAUGAAGAUGAUGCUGACGAGUCGCUUCUUGUUGGCAGCCAGCGACAAGCAAGGGGGGGCAGAGGCAGAGGAGUCAAAAGAGAGGCGAAGCGGGAAUUGUCAUGAAGCUGCGUCUAGAUGUGAAUAUUGUAGAAAAUGAUACCCAUAAUGAAUUAAACGAUGCCGGCCCAAACCUUGGUUAGAUUGAGCGCCUUUGUAUUUUCCAGCUUCUAUUCAAAUAUUGUACAGUGACUUUUGCAUCGUCUAGCCAUCUCUCCUGUUGUUUAAUUCAUCGCACAUUGUAAGGGUAUCAUAUCCUCCUAUGCCCAUAUUUGAUACAUGCAAGGUAUAUACGUCACAUACCUCUCCAGCCAAGUAAUUUUACAAACCAACCAACCUCUUCUCCAACUAUACCUUGCGCACAGCAAAGAAAUAGUUUCCCACCUUUUCACUGCCCUUGACCUCCUUCCAUCCCAGCCCAGGGACAUACACCACGCCCAUGACGUUUGCGCUGUCCCAGCCCUUGCCAGCCAGGAACCCCCUCAGCUCUUCUUCAUUCAGGUAUUUGUUCCAAUCAUGUGUUCCCGGCGGCACGAUUCGCAGUAUGUCCUCGGCAAUCAGAUUCGUCGUCAACCAGCUCAUCCACGUGCGCGCAAUCGUGCUCAUGACGAGCCACCCGCCCGGCUUGACAAACGGCCGCACCUUGUCGAGGAACGCGCCGGGGUCGUCAAUGUGCUCGAUGACCUCGAAGAGCGAGACAAUGUCGUAGCCGUGCCCUUCUGGCGGGACUUGUAGCUGCUCAAUGGACGACUGCUUGUACGAGAGCUUCGCGGCCAGCAGCGGGUCCUUGCGCGCAUGUGCCUUUGCAACGCUCAGGACGGACGGCGUGGGGUCAAUGGCCGUGACGUGCCUCGUCGAGGGCAGCCGCGCCGCGCUCUCGGCGAAGAUGCCGCCGCCGCAGCCAAUGUCGAGGUACGUGACGGUGCUGUCGGCGCUGCGGUCGUCGAGCCGAGGCGCCGAGUCGGAGGCCUGGAGACAGCGGCGGAUGAAGUCGUGGCGCAGGGGGUUCAUCAGGUGCAGCAGGCGCGAGGACCCGUGGGGAUCCCACCAUUCGGCGGCCAGGGCAUUGAAGUGCGAGACCUCGUUGGGGUUGACGGACGAGGCAGAGGCUGAGGCCGAGUGCCAUCGCGGCUGCUGGGUCUGCGCGGCGAAUGGCAGCGGCACAGCUCCGG